UCCUGCGGUGGGGACGGCCGAGCCAUGGCAGCCCUCCUGAGACCCGCUCGCUGGCUCCUGCGAGCCCGGGCGGCCCCGCGCCUCCCGCUUUCCCUGCGCCUCCUCGCAAGCGGCCCGAGGCGGCCAUACGCCGCCCCCUGUGUGCCCGCGGCCCGCGCAGGGCCGGUCGCCGGAGGGCUACUGAGCCAAGCCAGGCCAUACGCCAUUGCUGUUGAGAAAAAUAAUUUUCUUCAAGAGGAGCCCACUUCUCAUAGAAGGAACACCAGUCAAUUUGACUGGGCUCUAAUGAGAUUGGAUAAUUCUGUCCGAAGAACUGGCCGCAUCCCAAAGACUCUUCUACAAAAAGUCUUUGACAAUACCUGUCACUCAGGUAGCCCAGGUGGCAAUCAAGCCUUGCUUCUCCUGCGCAGCUGUGGUUCUCUCCUGCCUGAACUACAGCUUUCAGAGAGAACAGAAUUUGCUCAUAGGAUAUGGGACAAACUUCAGAAAUUGGGUACUGUGUAUGAUGUAAGUCACUACAAUGCUUUACUUAAAGUCUAUCUUCAAAAUGAAUAUAAAUUUUCACCAACUGACUUCUUGGCAAAAAUGGAGGAAGCAAACAUUCAACCAAAUCGAGUGACAUACCAGAGGUUGAUUGCUGCUUAUUGUAACGCAGGAGAUAUUGAAGGUGCCAGCAAGAUUCUUGGAUUUAUGAAAACUAAGGAUCUGCCAGUCACGGAGGCAGUUUUCAGUGCUCUUGUUACAGGGCAUGCGAGAGCAGGAGAUAUAGAGAAUGCAGAAAAUAUUCUCACAGUGAUGAAAGAGGCUGGAAUUGAGCCUGGUCCAGACACAUACCUAGCAUUAUUGAAUGCAUAUGCUGAAAAAGGUGACAUUGACCAUGUUAAGCAGACUCUGGAGAAGGUGGAGAAGUCUGAUCUUUACCUUAUGGACCGUGAUUUAUUGCAGAUUAUUUUUAGUUUCAGUAAAGCUGGGUAUUCUCAAUAUGUCCCAGAAAUUUUGGAAAAAAUUACAUACGAAAGAAGAUAUAUUCCAGAUGCGAUGAAUCUCAUUUUGCUUUUAGUCACUGAAAAAUUGGAAGAUACCGCAUUUCAAAUCUUAUUAGCGUGUGCUGCAUCAAGGGAGGACCAUCUGAGUGACUUUGGCAGUUUCUUUUUACGACACUGUGUGACCAUGAAUACGCCUGCAGAGAAGCUGAAAGACUACUGCAAGAAGUUAAAGGAGUCCCAGAUGCACACAUCUCCUUUGCAGAUCACACUCCAGUGCGCUUUAGUGGCCAAUAAGACUGAUUUGGCAAAAGCUCUGAUGAAGGCUCUGAAGGAAGAAGGUUUUCCUGUCAGAACUCAUUAUUUCUGGCCAUUGCUGGCUGGACAUCAGAAGGAGAAAAAUGUUCAAGGUAUAAUUGAAGUUCUCAAAGCAAUGCAUGACAUAGGAGUAAGUCCUGAUCAGGAGACAUACAUAAAUUACGUGUUUCCAUCCUUCAAUAAUGCGAAGUCAGCUCGUGCUGUUUUGCAGGAAAAUGGAUGUCUGCCUGAAAGUACUGUGUUUUCACAAGCUGAAUUGAGAAGUGAAGCAGUUAACGGGAACUUAGCCUAUAUUUUAUCAUUUUUGGAAUCAAAUACAUUGCCUAUCUCAUCCUCUUCUUUAAGAGGCAGUCUAAGUCUAGGCUUUAGGAGGUGUAUGGAUGUAAAUCUUUGGAGCAAGAUAACAGAACUGUUGUAUAAGGAUGGACGUUAUUGCCAAGAGCCUCCAGGACCAACGGAAGCUGUUGGCUAUUUUCUUUAUAACUUGAUUGACAGCAUGAGUGACUCAGAGGUACAGGCCAAGGAGGAGCGUUUGAGACAAUACUUCCAUCAGCUGAAGGAGAUGAAUGUAAAAAUUACUGAAAAUCUCUACAGAGGCAUUCGUAAUCUACUGGAUAGCUACCACGUUCCUGAAUUGAUUAAGGAUGUUAAUAUAUUGGUUGAUAGAGAGAAGAUUGACUCUCGAAAAACUAUGCAGCUGCCAUCAUCUGUUUUGGAGACUACACUUGAAAAACUAAAAGCUGAAAAUCAACCUAUAGGAGAUGUUCUAAGGCAACUCAUACUAGCGCUUUGUUCAGAAGAGAACAUGGAAAAAGCUCUUCAAUUGAAAGCAAAAUAUGAAUCAGACAUGGUUGUUGGUGGCUAUGCUGCUUUAAUAAAUUUGUGCUGUCGACAUGAUAAUGCAGAAGAUGCAUUGAACCUGAAACAAGAAUUUGACCGUCUAGAUUCAUCUGCUGUCCUUGACACCAGCAAGUAUGUAGGCCUUGUAAAAGUAUUGGGAAAACAUGGCAAGCUCCAAGAUGCUAUUAACAUUCUAAAGGAGAUGAAAGAGAAGGAUGUUCUUAUCAAAGAUGCAACACUCUUGUCCUUUUUCCACAUCCUAAAUGGCGCAGCUUUAAGAGGUGAAACUGAAACAGUGAAACAGUUGCAUGAAGCCAUCAUGACUCUAGGGUUAGCGAAACCAUCUACUGCCUUAAGUUCCCCAUUGGUCACACUCUAUCUGGAAAAGGAUGACAUAGGUGCUGCUCUUGACAUCACCAUCGACUGCUAUGAAAAGUAUAAAGUAUUACCAAGGAUUCAUGAUAUCUUAUGUAAACUGAUAGAGAAAGGCGAGACGGAUCUAAUUCAGAAAGCAAUGAACUUUGUGAGCCAAGAACAAGGUGAAAUGACAAUGCUGUAUGAUCUCUUCUUUGCCUUCCUACAAACAGGAAAUUACAAAGAGGCCAAGAAGAUCAUUGAGACUCCAGGCAUUAGAGCUCGAUCUACAAGACUCCAGUGGUUUUGUGAUAAAUGUAUUUCAACUAAUCAGGUUGAAGUUCUAGAAAAAUUAGUGGAGCUGACACAGAAGCUGUUUGAGUGUGAUAGAGACCAGCUGUACUACAGUCUGCUAAAACUGUAUAAAAUAAAUGGUGACUGGCAAAGAGCUGAUGGUGUGUGGAAUAAAAUGCAAGAAGAAAAUAUUAUUCCACGUGCAAAGACAUUAAGAUUAUUAGCAGAAAUCCUUCGAAACAGUAAUCAGGAGGUUCCAUUUGAUGUACCUGAGUUGUGGUAUGAGGAUGAAAAGCACUCCGUGAAUUCUUCACCCUCACAUGCAGAAAUUAAUAUCCAGAAAGAUCUAUUGAAGGCCUGCAGACAAAAGAAAAGCAAAGAUGCACAUACUAUUUUCCUGAAAGCACAAAAGCAAAACAUUGUGUUGGACAGUGAAACUUACAGCAGUCUUAUAAAAUUACUGUUGGAGAAGGAUAGUUUGGUAGAAGCAGUGCAAGUGAAAGAAUUCGCUGAGACCCACAUCAAGGGCUUCACACUGAACGAUGCUGCCAACAGCCUCCUCAUCAUAACGCAAGUUAGGCGGGAUUAUUUGAAAGAGGCCCUAACAACACUAAAAAUGGCCUUGGAUCUGAAGCAGAUACCUUCUAGGGUAGCAGUGACCCGCCUUAUUCAGGCAUGUGCCAUGAAGGGUGAUGUAGAAAGCAUACAGGAGAUUCAGAAGAUGGUAAAUGGACUUGAACAUUCAAUUGGACUUUCAAAUAUGGUUUUCAUCAAUAACAUUGCUUUGGCACAAAUAAAGAACAAUAACAUAGAUGUUGCAGUAGAAAACAUUGAAAAUAUGCUAACUUCAGGGAGUCAAACCAUGGAACCCCAAUACUUUGGCUUGUCAUACUUAUUCAGAAAAAUAAUAGAGGAACAGAUGGAACCAGCAUUUGAAAAGAUAAGCAUCAUGGCAGAGAGACUGGCCAAUCAGUUUGCAGUUUACAAACCUGUCACUGAUCUUUUCCUUCAGCUUCUGGAUUCAGGCAAGGUGGAUGAUGCCAGAGCUCUCUUACAGAGAUGUGGUGCGAUUGCUGAACAAACUUCAAUCUUCUUGGUGUUCUGUAUCAGGAACUCUCAGAGACCAGGAAAGGCAUCCACUCUGAAGUCUUUGUUAGAAUUGAUUCCUGAAUUAGUUGAAAAGGAAGAAGUAUACACUUCUGCCAUGAAAAGCUGUGUCUUAGACAAGGAUGCUGUAUCUGCUAAAGUGCUAUAUGAAAAUCUGAUUGCAAGGAAUAUAAAAUUGAAUGAUCUGUUACUAAAGCGUUAUGCAGUUUUGCUGAAGAAUGCUGGAGAGCCUGUCCCCUUCACCGAACCCCCUGAAACCUUCAAAUUUUAUAGAAAGCAGCUAAGGGAUUCAAGGGAAGACCCUUUGUGAAACAAGUAGGCAGUACUUUAUUUCCUGUGUAUUUGUGACUCAGUGUCUAAAAUGUUAUUUUUUAAGUAUAUUUGAGAGGACAAUAAAUAACUGAAAAGUUA